CCCUCCCAAAAGCAAGGGUGUCUUGUAUUUGUGAUUAUGAUGAUGUACGAUAAGGGCUUCUUUCCUUGAUGUUGAAUGCAUAACAAAAAUACUAAUGUUCUCCUCUCCUUACUCCUCCCCCUGCAGGUUUGCUAAGAACCUGUCCCCAGACAAGAUCAACCUGAGCACGUUGAAGGGCGAGGGCCAGCUCACCAACCUGGAGCUGGAUGAGGAGGUACUGCAGAGCAUGUUGGACCUGCCCACCUGGCUGGCCAUCAACAAAGUGGGCUGCAACAAGGCCGCCAUCCGGGUAAGAGAGAGGGAGACGCACACACACCUGCACUCUGGGCGGAGCGUUCUCCCUUUGUCCCUCUCCUCAGAUGAACCCCGCCAAAUUAGUCCAUAUUUCCACUUUACUGUCUGCUACCUCUUAUCUCUCUCUCCCCCUGCCCCCCUCUCUCUCUCUCUCACACGCACACUCUCACUGACUCCCACUCUUUCAUUCUCCCUUGUCUCCAUCGUAAUGAUAGCGGUGGAUAUAGAAGUGCACUGAGAUGAACUGUGUGUGUGUCUGUAUGCACACAUCCUCUGAUACUCCCUGGAGAUAGUUCUUAUUAUACUCCUUCACUAACUCUGUUACUCAGGUCUCUACUACCAGCCUUCUCCUUCCUGAAACCCCCAGCUUUUCUUUGCCCUAAUGGUUGACUCUCUUUCUCUAUCAUGCAUUUAUCUCUGUCUACUCCAUUCUCUUUCCACCCCCCCCCCCCCUUCUCUAUUUACAAAUUAAUCUUGUCAUCUCUGCUGUCUCAUGACUUCAUCUUAUCUCUGCUGUCUCAUGACUUCAUCUUAUCAUCUCUGCUGUCUCAUGACUUCAUCUUAUCAUCUCUGCUGUCUCAUGACUUCAUCUUAUCAUCUCUGACUGUCCUCAUGACUCCCUUAUCAUCUCUGCUGUCUCAUGACUUCAUCUUAUCCUCUCUGCUGUCUCAUGACUUCAUCUUAUCCUCUCUGCUGUCUCAUGACUUCAUCUUAUCAUCUCUGCUGUCUCAUGACUUCAUCUUAUCAUCUCUGCUGUCUCAUGACUUCAUCUUAUCAUCUCUGCUGUCUCAUGACUUCAUCUUAUCAUUUCUGCUGUCUCAUGACUUCAUCUUGUCAUCUCUGCUGUCUCAUGACUUCAUCUUGUCAUCGCUGCUGUCUCAUGCAAUAAAUUCUAACAGGUAGAGUGGGGAGCCACCCAGCGUUGAAACUGUGAAAGGAUAACGUUUUGCCUUCUGAAAUUGUCUUCAGUUCUAUCUGUCUGUCUCGCUGGCUGGCUGUUUUCCUAGACGAGGCCCAUUGAGUGUCACUAACUUAGCUUUAUUGCUGUGUCACACUUGCUGUGCAAUGUCCUUGGUGCAAUGCUGCAGUCGUAAUAGCCCAAUCAUUGAGGUGUGUGUGUGUGUGUGUACCUGGUCCUCAGUGACCAUGCUCUUCCUCUGCUGGGCAGACUUGUCCAUGGCCUCGUUGAGUGACUUAGCGUACUGGACCAUGGCUUUGAGCUGGGAGUCAGUCAGUACCCACAGCAGGUCAUCUAGGAUCAGGAUCAGCUUAGAGGCCACCACGUUACAGUCCUUGGAGUUUAGCCAGUGCGUCACAGAGCUCUGGUCAUCUAGCCAAUAGUAACAGUGAAACAGUGGGCUUGGUCAUCUAGCCAAUAGGAACAGUGAACCAGUGGGCUUGAUCAUCUAGCCAAUAAGAACAGUGAAACCGUGGCUUUGGGUCCAUCUAGCCAAGAGGAAACAGUGGGGCUGGUCAUCUAGCCAAGAGGAACAGUAGUGGGCUGGUCAUCUAGCCAAAGAGGAAACAGUAGUGGGCUUGGUCCCAUACUAGCCAAGAGGAAGGAACAUUAGUGGGCCUUGGUCAUCUAGUCCAGAGGAACAGUAGUGGGCUUGGUCAUCUAGCCAAGAGGAACAGUAGUGGGCUUGGUCAUCUAGCCAAGAGGAACAGUAGUGGGCUUGGUCAUCUAGCCAAGAGGAACAGUAGUGGGCUUGGUCAUCUAGCCAAGAGGAACAGUAGUGGGCUUGGUCAUCUAGCCAAGAGGAACAGUAGUGGGCUGGGUCAUCUAGCCAAGAAGGAACAGUAGUGGGCUUGGUCACUAGCCAAGAGGAACAGUAGUGGGCUUGGUCAUCUAGCCAAGAGGAACAGUAGUGGGCUUGGUCAUCUAGCCAAGUGGAACAGUAGUGGGCUUGGUCAAGCGGAACCUGCAGCUAUAGCUAAUAGCUCCCAGUAAGCUAGAGAGAGAAAUAGAGGGUGUGUGAGUCCCCCAGCUGCAGUUUAACUCCUCUAACACUUAGGCUAUAGAAGAGAUCACUCUCUAGGUCUGAUUUAGAUUGCUUCCAAUGCCAACACACACCGACACACACACACACACAUACAGUCGCACAUACCAUCUUCUGUUGUUACAAUACACACUGGAGCGGACACACACAAACCCACAUCUCAGGCACCCAAAAACUGUUCCUUUCCUUGUCUAAAUCUCUGCUCUAACCUCCUCACAUACAGGCACAGGCUUACCCUCUCUGCUAAAUCAUUUCAGUUCAAUGACUGAAGUCAAAUAAAGUUUUAGUGGGGUAAUUCAAUUAGCGCCACAUAUCCAAAUGUUUAUAGUCUUUUAACGAGGAGUCAUUCAUUGUGGGGGAAGAUGAAAAUGCAGCUGAUCUCUUUGGAGUAAAUGCUAAUUGAAUCGACACCGGCAUGAUUUAAGAGGGUUUAGUGUAGUUUGGGGAGGAGUGGAAUGUGCUGGCACGCUGACUGCUUGUCUAGACUUUGUCUCCUUGAUUCAUUCACUCUGCCUGGCUCUCUUGGAGCGGCCCGUUAAUUCAAUUCCAUUCAUUUCACCUGAUUUACAUUCAGUGAUUCAAUUCAUUUCAGGACUAGACACAUUGUAGCUAGGCUAUUUCAGAAAAAUUAUAUGUAACGGUAUUUAGCAUAUAGGUUAAAUAAAGUACAAGAAAAUAUUCUCAUAUUUUGGCUGUGCUGAUGGUUUUGGGCAGAAUAGUGUGUGUGUGGCAUGAUAUUGAACCAAUAUUACUGUGAUUUAUCUGAGCUGGACUGGCUGAUUCUGAUUCCAGUUUUUUUCUUGAUUGACAGAUCCCAUGGACCAAGCUGAAGACCCACCCCAUCUCCCUGGUAAGUCCUGCCCUCCUUCCCCCUAUUGUUGACAUGUUACACUUUGUGUGUGUGAACUUGUGUGUGGCAUGUGUGCAUUAACAUUGACAUUAACUGUUUUAGCGACUUGUCCUUUGGACAAGCAGGACAGAUUUUUUUUUAUUUGUCCGAAAGCUCAAGUCAGACAUGGGCCAAAAAGGUGACUGAAAAUUGUUGUGUAUGAUGCAAGGAACCACUUCACAAAAUAACCUUCAUUAUUAUCAUAGGUAUUGACAAUGGAAGGCUGCUUCUCUCUGAUCCCAUGUACUAUACACUAUCUCCUGCCGAUGUGGCCUUGAGCAAGGCACUUAACCCCCCACAAAGUAAAAUACUGCACUGAUAGCCUACUGUAUAAAACGCAUGUGGUCCGUCAACCCUCCAUCUGGAGAGCUACUGGAUGUGCAGGCUUUUGAUCCAACCCUGCUCUAACACCAGAGUCAGCUUAUCAAGGUCCUGUUGAGCAGCUGAUUCUUUUUUACAAUGUGGUGUGUUCGAGCAGGGCUGGACCAAAAGCCUGCACCCCCCAGUAGCUCUCCUGGAAUUUCCUGGAGGAGGGUUGGCCACCCUGCAACAUUAUAAUUACAACCAAAUACUUUUAAUGUCUUUAUAAAAUAAUUCCCUCAUUCAAUGAACCAGGGAUCCAAUGGCUAAGAUGGGCGGCAAGGUAGUUAAUUAAGAUGUUUAUCUAUUUGUAAGGUUAAAAUAUUCAGUAUUGAGGGGAGAUUUAGACUGCAUAGGAGUUACUUGUCUAUUAGGCUAUUCUAAGAAUAUAUUUUUAAAACUUAAAUUACAUGGCCAGUAUUGAAUAGAGGAGAUUCCUAGCCAAUUUUGUGCGCUUGAGACGGUCUUACAACCCGAGUAUGCAGCAUUGGUUUCAUCAACUGUGCACCUGUAUCAACUGUGUGUCGGCCAUUUCCGGUUACAUUAAAAUGUUUUGUCAUUUAGCAGACGCUCUUAUUCAGAGCGAUUUACAGUUAGAGUGCAUACAUUUUCAUACUGACUCCCUGUGGGAAUCGAACCCACAACUCUGGCGUUGCAAGUGCCAAGCUCUACCAACUGAGCUACACGGUUAUACACAAGUGCCGGUGGAAAGUUAUUUUAGGACAUCGGACAUGAUAAUGACAUUAAUACAUGCUAAUAGUUAACUAGUGAGAUAGACAGACAUAUACUACAUAAUGUUUUGAAUUGGCCAUCUACACUGAACUAAAAUAUAAACGCAACAUGUAAAGUGUUGGUUUCAUGAGCAAAAACAAAAAUUCCCUGUUAGUGAGCAUUUCUCCUUUGCAUAUCAAGAAGCUGAUUAAACAGCAUGAUCAUUACACAGGUGCACCUUGUGCUAGGGACAAUAAAAGGCCACUUUAAAAUGUGCAGUUUUGUCACACAACACAAUGCCACAGAUGUCUCAAGUUUUGAGGGAGUGUGCAAUUGGCAUGUUGACUGCAGGAAUGUCCAUCAGAGCUGUUGCCAGAGAAUUCAAUGUUCAUAUCUCUACCAUAAGCUGCCUCCAACGUCGUUUUAGAGAAUUCCGCAGUAUGUCCAACCGGCCUCACAACCGGAGUAUUUCUGUCUGUAAUAAAACUCAUUCUGAUUGGCUGGGCCUGGCUCCCCAGUGGGUGGGCCUAUGCCCUCCCAGCCCCACCCAUGGCUGUAGCCCUGCCCAGUCAUGUGAAAUCCAUAGAUUAGGGCCUAAUUAAUUAAUUUCAAUUGGCUCAUUUCCUUAUAUGAACUGUAACUCAGUAAAAUCGUUGAAAUUGUUGCAUGUUGCAUUUAUAUUUUUGUUCAGUAUAGUUAACUAUUGAGAACAAGACAAAACUACACAAUGUUUUUUAAAAUGGCUAUCUAGUUAGUCUGUUAUAUAUCAUUAUUUUACCUGCUGCACAAAUCUCUCUCUUUCUAUCCUCUGGCAACGGCCCACUGGCACACGCAGGUGAUGCUCACACACAUGACUUUUCCUGGAUUUUCAUUGCUGACCAAAAAUGAGCUAUAACUGGGCAAAUAACUCACUAACUAGCAAUGAAUAUCAACAAAUGUGCACAUGCGGGUAGGUUUGCUUUGAUCUCAAAAACGCAAAGACGGCACGUGCCUGUCAAUAAAGGCCUACAAUAAUUAUACUCUGAUGCGCUCUGCAGAGAUUGGGAGGCCAGUGUGCAACACAUUGCAUCUGGAGGAUGUAUCCUAAUUGUUUGAUAUUGUGAUUUUUUUUUUUGCACUAUCUUUUCUUUACUUGUCCAUUCCAACUUAAAUCUGUUCUUCAUGUCUGACUAUUUUUUUUUACUUGCCCCGGGCAAACAGAGGAGUGUGUGUGUGGUAAUCAUCUGCAUCUGUCUCCCAGACCCUGGACAAGGUGGUAAUGGAGAUGAGCACCUGUGACGAGCCCCGCCCUCCCAACGGCCCGUCUCCCAUAGCAACGGCCUCAGGGCAAAGGUGGGAGCUGGCGCUCUGCUUUUCUCUCUCUUUCCCCCCCCAGUCGUGUGUGUGUGUGUGUGUGUGUGUGCAUGAGUAAGUGUGUGUGUGGUGUCUGUCUGCCUGUCCUCGUGCGAUGGGGCUGAAAAAUACUUUACUAACAAACACCUGCAUUCAGUUGAUCCAAAUCCAACCUUCAAUUGCCUACCUCCCCCUCUCCCCCCCUCUCCCCCAGUGAGUAUGGCUUUGCUGAGAAGGUGGUGGAGGGCAUCUCUCUGUCCAUCAACUCCAUCGUGGUGAAGAUCAGUGCCAAGGCGUUCAACGCCUCCUUUGAGUUGAGCCAGCUGCAGGUCUACUCUGUCAACACCAGCUGGAGCCUAUCAGACCUCCGCUUCACACGCAUACAGGACCCUCACAGAGGAGAGGUGGGUGCACUGCAUACACACAACAUGGCAUGUGAGUGUGUGUAACCAUGGUAACCCAAUGUAUGUGUGUGUAACCAUGGCUACCUGUGCGCCCCUCCUCAGAUCCUGACGUUUAAGGAGAUCAGCUGGCAGAUGAUCCGCAUAGAGGCGGAUGCCAUCCAGAGUGCCCAAAACGAGAUGCUGAGUGCUCCCAUCCGCCUCAUCACCAACCAGUCCAGGAUCAGAGUCACCCUGAAGAGACGGGUACAAUACACACACAUGCCAUGCAGACAAUUAGGUGCAAACAGAUGCACACACACACCCUCCUCAUCACCAACCAGUCCAAGAUUAGAUGUCACCCUGAAGAGGCCGGUAGGACACGCACACACACGCAGACACGCACACUCACGGAAGCGCACACACAGCACACUGAUACACACCGUCCCAAAAUCAGUGCCACUCUGAAGAGACUGGUUGGACACACUACACAUCCGCCUCCUCACCAACCAGUCCAAGGUCAGUCGCCCUCGAGACCGGUACGACACACACACACGGCACAGUCACACACACACACACACACACACACACACACACACACUCUGAGAACAGUGCUUGGUCUAAUAGAAUAGAGAACAGCAUGGGCCAACAGCCUGCAGAAUCAGCUUCAGUAAACAAAGAUCUGUAUCUCACACACCAGCAAGCCCUGCAGCCGCUGUGUGUGUUUUGAACAGACAAAGAUAUGAUUUCGAGCUACCACAGAUGAAUGUGUGCUGAGUAUAUAGUUUAUUCAGUCAGUCAGACAGUUACUCAUGGAUAUGGAACGUGUGUUUUCUCCAGUCUGUUGACUUUUAGAAGAUCUCCCAUUGAUGAAUGCACCUUUUUGAAUAACACUACUUGGUUCAACACUUGAAGUAAUGUGUGUGUCUGUAUCCUCUAUGUAUAAAGCAUGUAUUAAUGUGUGUGUAACGUCUAUAUAGUGUGUAUUAAUGUGUGUGUCUAUUGUAUGUAAUAAUCUAUGUAGAAUGUGUGUAUCACCAGUCCAAGGACUGUAACGUGGUGGCCUCUAAGCUGAUCCUGAUCCUAGAUGACCUGCUGUGGGUACUGACUGACUCCCAGCUCAAAGCCAUGGUCCAGUACGCUAAGUCACUCAGCGAGGCCAUGGACAAGUCUGCCCAGCAGAGGAAGAGCAUGGUCACCGAGGACCAGGUACACACACACACACACGCUCACAUAGGCAGGUACAUACACGGGUGCGCAAGUGCACACAGGCUAGGAAACACACACAGGUAGAAAGACGCGUACACACACUUGCUUAACAACUGAAGCAGCUAGCUAUGUGCUCAGUCACCCCUCUCUCUGUCAGACAGACCUACAUUGGUCUUUCCCCUCUCUCUCUCUUUUCCCCUCUCCUCUUUCCCCUCUCUCUCUCUCUCUUCCCCUCUCUCUCUCUCUCUCUCUCUCUCUCUUUUCCCCCCUCUCUCUCUCUUUCCCCCCCUCUCUCUCUCUUUUCCCCCCCUCUCUCCUCUUUUCCCCCCCUCUCUCUCUUUUCCCUCCCCCCCCUCCUCUCUCUCGCUCUCCCCUCUCUGAUGGUAUGGUAAUUAGUCCUUGUGGAUGUUUGGUUCUCUCUGUAUGAUCCCUCUGCCAUAUGGCCCCUCUUUCGCUCUAUCUAUCUAUCUUCGCUCCCUCUCUUUCACUUCCUCUCCCUAUUUUGCUAUCUCUCUUUCGCUCUUGCUACUUUCGCUCUCGCUCUCUCGCUCUCUCCCUCUCUCCCUCCCCCCCAUUAUCCAUGUACUGGCUCAAACUGGGCUGUAAGCAUAAUUACCUACCAGUGGCAGGCUAUGCCAUCUGCUGGUGAGAAUGAGCGCUGCACACUCCUUCGCUCAAAAGCAACACUAGUUUGAUGCACUAAUAAAAUCGAUGUUCACUUAAUUUUCUCUGUGUGAGUGUCUGUCCACAUCUGUGUGUCUGUAUAUUUUACGGUCUCUGGUCUGUAUCCAGGAGUCGUCGGCGCCCCCCUCAGCCCAGCAGGUGCGUAGCCAGCAGGUGUCAUCAGGCACAGCAGCUGAACAGAGUGCAACCAUGGCCAGUCUGUUCGCUGCCUUCGACGUGUGUGAGACCUCCCACCACCUGCAGAUCACACAUCUCGACCUGCACAUCUGUGACGACAUACACGUCAAGGACAGAGGUACACACACCUACGCAGACGUAUGACACAUACACGUGCUAAUACACACAUGCAAAUGUAAAACACACACAUAAGACACACCUCACACACACACACACGUCAGACAGACGGAUGUUUGACUGACUAACUGAUACCUACACAUCAAGUUGGGCUGUGAUGCACAUUGGACCUUUGUGCAUGAUGUUAUAUCUUCUACUUCUCCCUCCCUCUCUUUCUCCAGUGAUCAAUAAGAGGAUAACUGGUGGAGCCAUGCAGCACUUCCUUAGUCACAUACCCUGCUACACCCCUCCCAAAGCAGGUGAACACACACCACAAUCUACCAACAACCUUCCUCCACACAUUACUCCCAAGACAGUGACACACACACUAACCCACACAACCUCUCCAAAUAUAUCCUCCCACAUAGUAUGCUCCAAGAGGAACACCACACACCUCUACACAACCUUCCUCCAACAUUAUUAUCCCUCCCACAGAGCAGGUGAACACCACCACAACCUCUACACAACCUUCCUCCAACAUUAUUAUCCCUCCCACAGAGCAGGUGAACACCACCACAACCUCUACACAACCUUCCUCCAACAUUAUUAUCCCUCCCACAGAGCAAGUGAACACCACCACAACCUCCCUCCAACUGCCACACAGCUGAUGGGAGUAAAACAGAUCUUUCUGAUUUCUCAACACCACAAAAUGUGUAUUCCACCUCAUCUCGUGCUGUUAUGGCUCGUCCUGUGACCACACCAUACCGUUCCCUAUGAAUAUGAUCCCUCAAAUGAGGGAUAGAGAGAGCGGGAGGGAAGGCCCUUUUUCUAUCUCCAUAGAGCUAGGCCCUCUGAAAACAUACUCUGGCCUCGCCCCCCUCUCUCUUCUCUCAUCACCUCCCCCCUCUAUCUCGCGCUCUGCAUCUCUCUUCCCCUCUCUCUCUCUCUCUCUCCCUCUCCCCCCCCCUCUCUCUCUCCGCUUCCCCUUCCCCCCCCACUCUCUCUCUCUCUCCCUCUCUCUCGCUCUCUCUCUUCCCCAUCCCACCCACCCACUCUCUCCCCUUCUCACUUCAUCUCUCUCUGUCUCUAGGUGAGAGUUGUCUCCACUGGAUGCAGUACAGUGAGGCCACUAAGGCCAGGGAGGGCUGGGCCAGGAGUCUACUGGAGGAGUUCAAGUCUAACGUGGAGAUGUUGAAGACCGCCAAGAGAGACCGGGAGGGCCCGGCCAACACACACACCUCACCACAGCACGGUAAACAAAAGAGCAGCACACACACACACACACACACACACACCUCCCCUCAAUGUGAUUGAAACAUAGUAAUCCAAUAAAGGUAUGUGUUGAAGCAUCUGCCCUAAUUCACUUUUUAUUCAACAACUAUAAAGAUAUGUCCCAGCAGCCCAUGAAGAGUGAUGAUGUUGGUUAGACAGUUGACAUUCAACUGAACUAGAUUACACUUGAUGAUGUCAUCUAUUGGGUCAUUUUUAGAACAGCCUGUAGAGUUGGAAUGAAGAGAAGUGUUGGUUUCCCUAGCAUCACACUGCCUAGUCACUCUGAGUUCUCUGUGUCCCCCCUCCAGUGUCCAGGUACCCCUCCAGUGUCUCCAGUGUUAGGGACAGUGUAUAUGGUCCCUUAGGGCAGGACGAGACAGGAGGAGGAAGAAUAGUGUUGGUUAGGGGGCCGGACGACCUGCCCCCGGGGUGGGUGCGGGCACGAGCCAUGGUACGAGUGAGGGCGAGGGCACGGGGGCGGGCACAGUGCUGCUUCUCAUGCCUAGAGCCAGGUACCCCCUAACCGAUGGUGUGCGCACGCGGUGUGCGGUGAUACACACCUUUGGUGAGAUGAUGUCAGAGUGUGGCAGGAGGUCUGAUUGGCUGUCUCUUUUUCUUUUCCCUGUUCCUCUCUCGCUCUCGCUCUCGCUCUCUCUCUCUCUCGCUCUCUCCGUUACACUCUCUCUCUCUCUCCCCUAUCUCUCCUUCCUUUCCCUACCAUCCUUUCUCUCUUAUCUCUCUCCAUUCCCUCUCUCUUCACCUCUCCUUUCUAGGUAAGAUCAGUACUAGUUCUACCAGUAUCCUCAGUGCUCCGCAGACCCCCAGGACCCAGCUCCUGUCCAGCUCCAUUGUCCUCAGGAUGGCUGACUUCAGCAUCUACCAGGUCAGCACACACACACAGUUGACAUGGUUAUCUGAUACACACACUUUACUGACCUCAUGCCGUGUGUUUGUGUGUGUAUCAGGUGUCCACAGCAGACCAGCGUCGCUCCAGCCCUAAGGCCAUGAUCUCCUGUAAUAAGAAGUCCCUGUACCUUCCUCCUGAGAUGCCUGCCAUCCACGUCGAGUUCACCGAAUACUACUUCCCUGACGGAAAGGACUACCCCAGUAAGAUUGGUUCCUACUCUCAUUCUGUUCCUAGACUAGUGUUCUUCCCUCCUCAUACUGGGGACCAACAGGGUGUGCAGUGUUUUAUUCCAGCCUAGCGCUAACUCACCUGAUUUGAACUAAUCAAAGUCUUGACUUGGUGUUUUAUGUGAAUCAGGUGUGUUAGUGCUGUUCAAAUACCUGUCAGAGGGAAAGGUGAAUGCAUUAGUGGGUCACCUCUUUUCUCUUCCCACUCCACUCAUUUCUAGUUUCCAACCUCUAUUAUCUUCCCCUUGCAUUGAUUAUCAUAUAAUCUCCUCUUUCCCUGUCCUCCUCCAGUCCCUUGCAUUGAUUAUCAUAUAAUCUCCUCUUUCCCUGUCCUCCUCCAGUCCCUUGCAUUGAUUAUCAUAUCAUCUUCUCUUUCCCUGUCCUCCUCCAGUCCCUUGUAUUGAUUAUCAUAUAAUCUUCUCUUUCCCUGUCCUCCUCCAGUCCCUUGCCCCAACCUGUAUGUGCAGCUGAAUGCGCUGCAGCUGGUGCUGGACCCCAGGAGCCUGGUGUGGUGCAACCUGUUUGCCCUGGACCUGAGGCAGAGCCUGGAACAGUUCAUGGAGCUCUACAAGCUCAAUGAGGAGGAGCAGAAACCUGACGAGCACAUCGACAUCAGGGUGGACGGACUCAUGCUCAAGGUAGAGGGCAGAAAGAACACACACACACACUCUGUCAUGAUGUUAUGUUGGUAUUCAAGUCACACACGCUCAUAUUGAGUAUUUGGACACUUUGAUUCAGUCAUUUGAGAAAUGCACAUGCAAACGCUACCGUAGCUGUGUAAAAAGCCCUUGAAAAGGUCAACACACACACACCAUUUCUCUUUAUUUUAGGAGUGUAGUCUUUAUAUUUAGACAGAUUGCAAAUUACGCUCAUUAGUCAUCUUGUACACAUCGAUGACCUCUAUAUAUAUAUUUCCUAAUAAUGUUUGUCUCUCUCUCUUCCUCUCUCCCCCCCUCCCCCACCACAGUUGGUAGUGCCCACGGACAGGGACCCCUCCUACCCCCAGGACCUCCCCCGCUCCGUCUCCGUCCAAUGCUCGGAGAUGGUGGCCACCAACACCCGCCACCCCCCCAACUGCACCCGCUCCCACCUGGAAGCCCUCCUCCUCUCCUUCCAGGAACAACAGUUCUUCUCCACCUCCUUUUCCUCCUUCCCUCGCUCCUCCACCUCCUUCCCGGUGGUCCACCCCAUUUUCCAGCGCCACGCGCAUGAGCAGGACACUAUGUUGCACAAUGUGUAUAAAGGGUUGGUGUCGCCCUCGUUGGGCGUGGAUGCCCUCAAAAUGCCAGCCGCCACAGACUUGUGGGCGGUUCACUUUGCCCAGUUCUGGGUGGACUACGAGGGGACGCGAGGCGGGAAGGGGCGGCCCCAGCCCUUCGUCGACGCCUUCCCCCUCACCCUGUGGGCGUGCCAGCCGGCCAGACAUGCCCAGCACCAGGAGCGGCUAAGGGGCGGGGCUUUGAGAGGGCAGAGAACGCCCCUUUCUGCAGCUGCAGGCCUGGCCAGGAUCGAGUCUGUGGAUACCGUGGGACGUCUGCAGAGGAAGAGGCUUUUGAAGGAGUACUAUAGUACUGUUACGGACGCCACGGCAACCGAGGCCACGCUGCCGCCUAGCAACGGGCUUCAGAAGCCGCUGUCCCUGGACAACAUCCCCCCCCCUUCCUCCUCUUCCAGUAAGGAGGCAGACAUGCACAUGUUAGUGCACGUACAGAAGCAUUUGAGCGCUCAGGUGAGUGAUGAUUAAUCUCUUUUGGUGUAUGUGUACACUGUAGUCUGUCUGUGUGUGUGUGUGUGUGUGUGUGACCACACUGAGUGUACAAAACAUUAGGAACACCUGCUCUUUCCAUGACAUAGACUGACCAGGUGAAAGCUAUGAUCCCUUAUUGAUGUCACUUGUUAAAUCCACUUCAAUCAGUUAAAGAAGGAUUUUGAGACAAUUGAGACACGGAUUGUGUAUGUGUGCCAUUCAGUGGGUGAAUGGGCAAGUCAAAAUAUUGAAGUGCCUUUGAACGGGGUAUGGCAGUAGGUGCCAGGCGCACCGGUUUGUGUGUCAAGAACUGCAAGGCUGAUGGGUUUUUCACGCUCAACAGUUUCCCGUGUGUAUCAAGAAUGGUCCACCACCCAAAGGACAUCCAGCCAACUUGACACAACUGUGGGAAGCAUUGGAGUCAACUUGGGCCAGCAUCCCUGUGUAACGCUUUCGACACCUUGUAGAGUCCAUGUGUAUAGUUAUGAGAAUGUGUGUACAGUGAUCCCUCGCCACUUCGCGGUUCACUUAUCGCGGAUUCGUAUUUCGGGAUUUUCAUAAGCUUUGUGUUUUUUUUGUGUGCAUUGUGCUCGGCAUCUGAUUCGCUAAACUCACUCCGCUUCUUGUAUCAAACAUGCUACGAAUGUGCUAUCAUUUGUCGUCUCGUGCUUAGUGUACGCACAAAACCCUGCAAAUUGACCUAAGUUGGCCAAAUUAUCUUGUAAUUUCGAACUCUCUAACCCAUAAUGUCGACGAAACGCCUACACGUGAGCACGAUUUGUAUACAUUAAUUGCUAAUUGUAAAAAAAAGUUCUAUUCGCGGAUUUCACUUCGCGUCAUUCGGAACACCCCGCUAACAGGAUUACGUAUUAUGAGUACGAUAAAUGCUAUGAUAUGUUGUGAUUACUACUGGUGUGUGUGUGUGUGUGUGUGUGUGGUCCGGUGGCCACAGCAGUACUGUCUGAUGCGGCUGCAGGCGUCAUCAAGCCUUGAGCACCCUCAAGGCUGAGAUGGGCCAAGAGACACGGCCAAGACCAUUGGACCCCCCUCCAGACCACCAGCCCUUCAGUGCCUGUGUGGGGAUCCUGCUCAAAAGUGCGGAGGUAGCUCUCCUCUUGAAGCCGGUCCCCCAGCCCGAGGGUCCUGGUUCCCCCCUAGGGUCGGAGUUGUCCCCCUCGGAGAGUAGAUGCACCCUGGAGACUGGGAGCGAUGGAGGGGAGGGGGGAGAUAGAGGAACCCACGUGGAGGGGGCUGGGGCGAAGGGAGGCUGUACGGUGGACCAGCUUAUUUGUGGGGGAGUGGUAGAGGGUGGGAUAACGCAAGGCCCCGCCCCUCUCAUCCCCUCCUCCGCCCCCAACCGGAAGGCGUCGCUUGACGAGAGGACUGGGAGAUCCAGUUCGGAGGAGUUGGGUGUGGUUUCCCUGGAGGCCCGGACUGGGGGAGAGGAGCCGGGGACCAGAGUUGAUUGUAAAGCCCAGCAGGGUGAGACCUCCGGGGCAGACCCCACUCUCUCAGACCCCCUCUCCACCAAAGACUGGAACGAGAAGAACCCUGGGGCCAGAAUGCCUGAGUCUAUGUCUAGGUAAUUCCCUUCCGUCAUUACCGUAAUACAGUCUGGUUAUUUAGACUGUCAUUACCGUAAUACAGUCUGGUUAUUUAGACUGUCAUUACCGUAAUGCAGUCUGGUUAUUUAGACUGUCAUUACCGUAAUGCAGUCUGGUUAUUUAGACUGUCAUUACCGUAAUACAGUCUGGUUAUUUAGGUUACGUAAACAGUCUGGUUCAUUUAGACUGUCAUUACCGUAAUACAGUCUGGUUAUUUAGACUGUCAUUACCGUAAUACAGUCUGGUUAUUUAGACUGUCAUUACCGUAAUACAGUCUGGUUAUUUAGACUGUCAUUACCGUAAUACAGUCUGGUUAUUUAGACUGUCAUUACCGUAAUACAGUCUGGUUAUUUAGACUGUCAUUACCGUAAUACAGUCUGAUUAUUUAGACUGUCAUUACCUAACAGUUCAUUUCCAGCUAUUUAGACCUGUAGCCACUGUCAAUGACCAGGUAUUCAGUUCAGUGUUUGCACUGCAGUCAUUUAGCUGUGACGCAGCGCCACGGCAAAAAAUAUGGAACAUCAAAAAAUAUUUAUACAGAGGCACACUUUGAAGAUGCUGGAACAGUCCACAUUUACUUUUCCUCUGCAAACAAAACAAGUAAGGAAUAGAAAACUCUGACAACCCCACAGUAGAAUAGUUGAUCUAUUUACCUAGUCAUCUUGUUGUGUGUUCUAUGCGAGAUAAAUAUUCCUCUCGAGGCGUGUUCAAGUUACGCGUGCCAAAGGGAGUGAAUUUCCAGAAUCUAAUAUAGGCUGCAAAAAUAGGAUGCAUUUAUUUAGAAGGCUGCUCAAACCGCACCGGUUUACACUUUAUAUGGCCUGCGUAUGGUCUAAUGAAGGAACGCCUGAAUUAAUUUAAUAAAUAACUGAUAAUUAACUGAACGAAUGAAUAUAGGCCUACCUGCUUGCACUUUGUGCAGGUUUUGUAUUCAUCUACCGUGUUGUUGUCCAUCCAAAAUGUGGAUUUCAAUCGCGCAGGACGUUUCCACGGUGAUGUUGUAGCCUAUUCCCUUAUCAUAACCUUUCUUUGUAUUUCUCUGGUUAGGCCUACAUUAGCCAUUUUCGCGUAAGCUAGGCUACCCAUGAAAAGUAAACUUUGCAAGGUGUCGUAUUCUCAGGUGGGGAGAGGGAACAUAAGCUCUGCACGUGGACAAAUUAGAAAGUUUUAGCACCACACAAAUAAGGGACAGUUCCCGGCUCCACACUCUCAAUGCGUGCUUGGCUGGUAGCCUUAUGUCUGCCUCGGCGUUCACAGAAUGGAAUUCGCAACACAACAAGCUCCUGAGUUUUGAAAAAGUGUAUUAUCUUGAUUUAAAAUGUUUCCGACCCGCAAUGUAAUUGUUCUGAACCACGAGCCGACCCACGGGUUGAAAGUAUGUUUUCAUUCCACCCGCCAUUCGGCUCACACGUGUAUCCGACCCGAUGCAGGACUCUACUAAUGAUUAGCCCAAUAGGGUGAAUGCAGAUAGGCAACCCAAUGCUUCAGCCUAUUUAUUUAUAGCCACUAUGCUGCAUCAGUUGGGCUACAGGUGAUAAUGCUUAUUGCUAAUAGCAUACCUGAUAAUUUGGACUAUGCAUGGUCCUCUGGUACAAUCAUUUAAAGAAAUGUUCUACCAAUAUGUUAUUUGGCUCAUUUCUGGAGGUAGAAAUAAUAUUUUGGUUGGUGUCAACAUAAUUGUAUUUUCAUUCAUUUUUUGAUAGAAUGUCCUUUUAAAAAAUCACCAGAACUGAGCUUCUCAGUCCUUGUACAUAAAAAUGAUCUGGGGGGGGGGGACCCCGGACUCCCAAAAUUGCUACACAUUUUUCCAAAGGAAACACUGAUUCAGUUACUACUAUGACAUAUUGUCCAGCUAUUCAGACUGUCAGUUCUGUAAAACGUUCACUGUGGGAAAUGCAGGCCGAUCGGCAGGCAGACCUUAACAAUCAUUCAGAGGACUUAUGAUCAGCUUUAAAUAAACACUCACUCCCAUUACUGCAAUACUCAAACACAACUAUACUUCCUGCAGAUGUCAUUAUAGUUACUCACUUAUUCAUGCCCAGCUUAGUAAACCAUCAUUACUGUUACUUGGUCAUUCCCAUCACAUCAGUGUGUAGUACUACAUCUGGAUCAUGUCUGUGUAGCUACGGUGACCGCACUGUACCUGGCCUAUACGUCACAAUAUCAAUGUUGUGACCCAUAAGAGGUGUUCGUGUGGUUUCUGUGUUGUCCAAUGUGCUCCCAUACAAGGUGUGCGUCUGUGUCUUAUGUGUGUAGAUGUGUGUGUGUGUGUGUUUCUGCCUUGUCCAAUGUGCUCCCAUACAAAGUGUGCGUCUGUGUGUGUGUGUGUGUGUGUGUGUUUCUGCCUUGUCCAAUGUGCUCCCAUACAAGGUGUGCGUCUGUGUCUUAUGUGUGUGUGUGUGUGUGUGUGUGUGUUUCUGCCUUGUCCAAUGUGCUCCCAUACAAGGUGUGCGUCUGUGUCUUGUGUGUGUGUGUUUCUGCCUUGUCCAAUGUGCUCCCAUACAAGGUGUGUGUCUGUGUCUUAUGUGUGUUUGUCACUCUGCUACUCUACUCUGUAGCUCAGUGUGUCCUCUGCUCUGACCCAUGCGAGGUGUGUGUGUGUGUGUGUGUGUUCUCUCUCUACAAAGGAAAGGCAGUUUGUCAGUGGUUUCUGACCGGCUCAGCUCCUCAAACACCCGGUCCACCUCCCUAUAUUCUAUUUCCAACAUGUAAGACACGCUAUAGGUCUGUCUGUGUGUGAGCGCAUUCCUUUAAAUAUCUGUUCACGUUGUGGUGUGUGUGUGUGUUGUAUCUGCACGUAGACUUGUCUGUGGGUGUGUGUAUAUCUGUGGGAGUGUAUGUGGGUCUGUAUCUGUUUCCAAGCUGCAAGUUGGUGUGUGUACCCGGUGAAUAGUUUGUGUGUAGCCUUUAUCUGGUGACUAGUAGCAUAUAGCCUAGGCUAGGUCCUUGUAAAUGGUCUAGACCUGGGCCCGGUUUCCCAAAAGCAUCUGAAGGCUAAAGUUCAUUGUUAGAACCAGCUCAAUGGUUCUAACGAUCAACUUAGCCUUAAGAUGCUUUGGGAAACCAGGCGCAGGUCUAUUCAAUUCAAAACCAAGCCUCGAGGUCCAUAGUACUCCUGUUUUUUUCCCCCCUCACCCUUCUGGUGUGUGUGUGUGUUUCAGUGGGCGUCUGAUUAGGGAGCGUUCCCAGUCCAGUUUCUCAGUGUCCUAUAAGAACAUGAAGAAGACUCCGUCUCUGCAGUCCUUGGACAACCUCUCCAUAGACAGCUACCUGAUGGAGGACGGAGACACGGACGCAUACAGCCUGCUGGAGAGAGGUAGGAAACACACACACACACACACACACACACACACAGGGCCCUGGGUCUGAACCCCUCCCUGUGAAACUGGAUCCUAGACUUCCUGACGGCCCGACCUCAGGUGGUGAAGGUAGGCAACAUCACCUCUACCACUCUGACCCUCAACACGGGGGCCCCUCAGGGGUCCAUGCUCAGCCCCCUCCUGUACUCCCUGUUCACCCAUUACUGCGUGGCCACGCACGUCUCCAAGUCAUUCAUCAGGUUUGCUGACGACACAACAAUGGUAGGCCUGAUUACCAACAACAAUGAGACCGCCUACAAGGAGGAGGUGAGAGCCCUGGCGGAGUGGUGCCAAGAAAUAACCUCUCCCUCAACGUCAACAAAACUAAGGAGCUGAUCUUGGAAUACAGGAGACAGAAGAGAGUGAACGCCCUCAUCCACAUCGACGGGGCCGCAGUGGAGAGGGUCAAAAGCUUCAAGUUCCUCACUGAGAAUCUGAAAUGGUCCCUUCACACUGACAGCGUGGUGAAGAAGGUGCGACAUAGCCUCUUCAACCUCAGGAUGCUGAAGAAAUUUGGCUUGGCCCCUAAUAUGCUGACCAAACCGGCCGCGUUACGAGCGUUGCAAAAUAAAUGUACACGUUAUUCAAGCAUUUCAUCAACUGCUCGCGCGCGUCAACGGGCGUCUGCGUACCAGGCGCUAAAAUAUAACUUGGCUCUAUUUUAGAUGCUUGACACGCUGCAAGUCCCGCCUCUUCCAUCUACUCAUUGGUUUUUAGGAGCAUAUACCCACCUGGGUGAUUGAAAGAUGAACUGAGGUCCACACUCCAGUCCAGUUGGUGGCGGUAAUGCACCUUAAAGUUGGUUGCCAACCGCCAUAUAAAAUCCACAGAAGAAAGAUGAACGAGUAGAGAUUAAUCAAAGAAAACGAACUAAAAACUAACCAGGUUUCCCCUUUUUAUCUGUGAAUUAAGUAGACAACACACGAUAUUGUGAGACUAAAUGGGUCAAAAUUCUACAAAGAUCCAGCAAAAAAAGUGUAUCUACCAGGACAAAUUACCAGCAAGCUAGCUAAAUGUCCAUGAAUGUUUCAUGUGUGUUUUGACCCCAAAUUAAUAUAGUUGGGUUUGGUAUUUGGGUAUUUUAACCUGUGUGUCAUGAACGCGUCUGGUGGGGAUAGACAAAAUCAACAUGCGCACGAUGGCACACGCGGAGCCGGCUUGGUUAGCAUGUAAGACCCUCACAAACUUCUACAGAUGCACCAUCGAGAGCAUCCUGUCGGGCUGUAUUACCGCAUGGUACUGCAAUUUCACCGCCCGCAACCGCAGGGCUCUCCAGAGGGUGGUGCGCUCAGCGCAUCGCAUCAUCGGGGGCAUCUACAGCGGUGUCUCAGGAAGGCCAAGAAGAUGAAGGACCUCAGCAGCCCGAGCCACGGCCUGUUCACCCCGCAACCAUCUAGAAGACAGAGACAGUACAGGUGCAUCAAAGCUGGGACCUAGAUACUGAUAAACAGCUUCUAUCUCCAGGCCAUCAGACUGUUAAACAGUCACCACUAGCCGUCCUCCGCCCAGUUCCCUGGCCUGAACCUUAGUCACUGUUACUAGCCGGCUGCCCACUUUAGUAAUGUAAUAAUAGUUGACAUACUGUUUUACCCACUUCAUAUGUAUAUACUGUAUUCUAGUCAAGGCUCAUCCUAUAUAACUACUGCUGUACACACCUUUUCUAUUCACAUACUGUCUAUACACACCAUUCACAUACAUAUAUUAAUAUUCCGGACUCGGCUUCGGAAGCUAAUUUCCUGCAAUUCUAUUCAUUUUGCAAUGGGGUUGAGCGUGAUUCUCCUCCAGGCAUCACAGGUCUGACUAGGGCUAUCCGUGACUCACAGAUCUUGUCACUGUGCCUCAAUUUAUGCAUUAUUUUAUAGGAGAAUAGAAAUCAGAAAUACACAAAAUCAUUUCUAUUUGGCCUAAACAUGGAGGGUAAACCCCAGCCUUAGUCCCGAGAAUAAACCAUGUUUCUAUGCAUCUUGAAUGGCUUUUGCAGAGUUCUUCUAUUACAUAGUUUGUCCAGGAGAUGGCAGUUGUGAGCUGAUGUGAUCUAUACCAGAAUCAAGAUUUUAGGUUUGUGUCUGGUAUUUAUCAAUGUAUCGGUAGCAGACCAUCAAUUAAUUAAUUAUGUGUCCACAGACGACAUGUCCAUCUCAGGCUUUAAGGAUGCGGUGAGUGAGCAGAGUGUCACAGAAAUUGCCAAGGAGGCAGCAGCAGCAUCGGCCAUUGGCACAGGGGAGCAGGACGGUGCUGGCUCACCUGAUACUGUCAGCGCCACCUCCCAGAGCAUCGACGAACCCACCAAAGACAUGGUAACACACACGCACAUGAAAUGUAUGCAGGCAUGGACACAUGAACACACACCCUGCAGUACACACACGUGCAUACACACUCACACACACUCUAUAUAUACAUAUACACACAUGCAUGAGUACACUUUCUGAAUUGAUUGAGUUAACUUACAUUUUUACAUUCAUUUAGCAGACGCUCUUAUCCAACUUAAUACCUCCCUCUCUCCCUCCUUCCCCCCUCCCUCUCUCUCCCCCCAGGUGUCGGUGCUGGUGCUGAAGGUGCAGUGUGUGUGUGUGGGGACGGAGGUGCGAGGGGAGAGCACGGCUGUCGCUCUGGAGGUGGGUCGUGUCAGACCCACACAGCUGGGAAACGUCAGCCUCCGGCAAUACCUCAGCAACCGCAGCCUGGGUAAGGACAACGGCACACAUAGACACACACACGCGCACGUGCAUGCCCAUGCGUACACACACAAAUGUAUACGCGCACACACAUACAUGUGGGCUAGUACCGACACACCUCGAGACACACACUGCAGUCACACACACACACUGCAGUACACAACACCACAACACCUGUAGUCACACACACACACUGCAGUUGAGCUAUUCCCCAUUCUCGUGGAGUACUCUCUAUAGCUGGGUUAAGGCUACACUCCACACACUCACACACACACACACACACCCAAUUCCCUUGGUUUACCCUUCCAUAACUCUUGCAGGUAUGGUACCCACUGCUCAGGGCAGUACUAUUGUACCCCCUGCCCCAGGCAGCAAAGGUAUGUGUGUGUGGAACAUAAGCAUGGAUGGGCAUACACAAGCUUGCGCACAAGUGUUAGUACCUGUUUUGUGUGUUUUACAGUGUCUCUGAUUUGAUCAUUGGUAUGAAAUGACAGAGAUAGUCAUUAGUCUUUUUGCUCCACUAAGCAUGCUACACACACAUACACACAUCUGUUUUACUAUCCUUGUGGGGACCAAACAAUUGAUUCCCAUUCAAAAUCCUAUUUUCCCUAAACCUAACCCCAAUUCUAACCCUAAUUGUAGCCCUUAACUUAACCCCUAAGCCUAUAAUAGACGUUUUCCUUGUGGGGACCAGCGAAAUGUCCCCACGAUUUUCCUUGUUUUACUAUCCUGGUGAGGACUUCUGGUUCCCACAAGGAUAGUAAAACCAGAAACCUACUCACACACACUGUGUGUCUCAAGGGCUGUGUGUGUCCUAACUGCUGCAGUGAGACGGUGCAUUAGCACUAAUGGGGGUUUUGCUCCCAUUACCAGCUACAUUAAACCCAGUGUCGUGUGUGUGUUUGUGGCACCGCAGGUUGUGUGUGCAUGUGUGUCUCAAGCAUGUCACCCUUACAUGUGUGAAUAUUUAAGAGGGGGUUGGGGAGGUCCAUAUUAACCCCCAGUACUAUGAGACGUGUCCUCUCUCUCUCUCUCUCUCCUCUCGCCACUCUCUCUCAGCAGAUUCAGUGGUUCAGGCAAUGAGAGAAACACUAUCUUAGCUCCGCCUCCUCCUUCUUUCACAGAAGUGUAAUCCCCCUCUCUCUCCUUCCCUACCCCUCUCUCUCUCUCUCCCUCUCCUUCCUCCCUACGCCCUCUCUCUCAGUCCAAUUCCAUACCCCUCAUCUAGACUCCUUCUCCCUCUCUCUCUCCUUCUACUCUCUCUCUCAGUUAUCCACCCUCUCUCUCCUCUCUCCUCCUACCCCUCUCUCUCUCUCCCUCUCCUUUCCUACCUCCUACCUCCUCUCUCUCCCUCCUUCCUACCCCCCUCUCUCUCCCUCUCCUUCCUACCCCCCUCUCUCUCCUUUCCUACCCCUCUGUCUGUCUUUCCUUCUCUAUCACUUUCUCACUAUUUCUGUUUUUACCUCUUACCUUCUCUCACACAUCUCUGCCAUUUCCUUCCUUCCUUACUGAGGCAGUGACAGAUGCUUUAACAUCGUUAUCUUAACGUGUGUGUUCUUGCGUGGGUGCAGCUGCUGUGGCACUUUGCUGGCCUUGAAAUUGCUUUAUGGGAUUAGUACCCCCCCAAAAGGGACUUUGCUUUACAAAUUUGUCACACCUUAGAAAUGGAAUUCAUAGACGGGGCGUCAGCAGGAAGGCAAUGUCUGGUUGUAUACCUGCCAAGCGGCCAUCGCUGAGCCUUUUCUUUGAGUUGUGGUUGCAGUGAUUCUGUUUGUAUUGCAGCCAAUCUAUGCCUUCUCUUUUGAAUGGGAAUUGAUUGAUUACUGCGUGAUUAUUAAUGAUGUUAUUCUCAUUUUCUCCCCACUCCCCUCUCUCCUUCCUCUUCCUCCCACUCCCCUCUCUCCUUCCUCUUUCUCCACAUUUUCUCUCUCCUUCCUCUCUUUCCCUCGCUAGGUGGUGGUCUGGAGGUCAAUUCAGACGGGACCACCCAUUACCCGGAGGUCAGGGCUCGGCUGGAGAGCGGGCCCUGCGCCGCCGCCCACUCCCCCCUGGCCGAGACCAACGGUUUCCUCCAGCUGCGUCUCCAUGGCUACCGGGCCAGCUUCCUCAUGUCGUCUCUAAGGAACCUGGCUCACUUCCUGGAGGAUGACUCCGCCCCCCAGGUCCUCCCCAUGGAGAUCAGCGUCAGGGACACACACAUCGACCUGAAGGUGGGGAUAGACAGACAGACGCACAUAGACACACACAGACAGACAGACAUUAACCUCUGUCCCCCUCUGCAGGAUGAUGGUCCCCGUGACAACCCGUCUGACCCUGAUCCCACCCCCAUCACCCUGCACAUCUCCAACCUGCUCAUCCACAGGACCGACGAUGGAGCCUUCUCUAUAGGGGGUGAGACACACACACACACACACACACACUGCUCACCUGUCACACCCACACACUGCCUCACAUUCACACACACACACACACUGCCUAUCCACACCAACACACACACCACCACACCCCACCACCCACUGCCUCAAACAUUCACCACACACACACACACACACUGCCUCAAACAUUCACCACACACACACACACACUGCCUCAAACAUUCACUCACACACACACUGCCUCAAACAUUCACUCACACACACACACACUGCCUCACAUUCACGCACACAUACCUCAUGCAUACAUACACACACACACACUACCUCAUGCAUACAUCACACACACACACUACCUCAUGCAUACAUACACACACACACACACACACACCUCAUGCACACAUACACACACAGACUGCCUCACACACACACACACACUGCCGUAUGCAUCUACACAUUGACACACACACAUUCAUGCCUCACGUAUAAACACACACCGCUGCCUCACACAUUCACUUAUACACAAAGACAGUAACACACACCCUCCUGCACCCUCCUCCCUAACACCGUUUCAUUUCAUCAUCAUACAAUGACAUGCCUUAGAAGUUUAUUUCUACCUUUCCCUCUUUCACCCACUCUCUCUGUUGUCACAGUGGAAAAUGCGCCUAAGAAAGAAGUCCAAUUGAUUGACAGCGGUCUGUCUCCAGUCCCUGAGAGUGUGGGUGUGGUCAACAGCACUCCCAAGGCCACACAGACCCACAGCCCUGCUAGUUCUAGCACAACCCCCUCCAACAAAGAACUGGUGUGUAGUCCACACACACACACAUCACCCACUCAUCCAGGGCCUAAAAUUAACAUCCGCCACCUGCCAAAUGAGGGUCAGAUUUCGGCAUUGGCGGGUAAAAUGUAUAUUUCACCAGCCAUGUUGGCGGGUGGUCAGGGCUCCACAGUGUGAGCAUUUCACUCGCAUUUGUGAAUAUAAAUAGUCAAGUAUAAUCACAUGUAUAGUAAAAUAAAUGCCGCAAUAUCUGUUUUCAAAGCAUUUCCCCCGUUUUGUGUCAUAGCUGGUAAAUUAAUCGCACAGUCAAAGAACUACAAAUCCUAUAUAGCCUAUUCCACCUCGCGCUGCAACACUGCCUGGCUGGGGGCUUUGAGCACGUGAAGAGCUGAGUGAAAUAUUCAUUUUUAGAAGCGCUGCGCACAGGCAUAAAAGUUGGUCAAAUUUACUUGAAACGAAAGCCUACUGAAGUGAGACUGUCGUUGUGUUUCUUGGCUAUAUACAUAGUUUUGUUCACAAGCUAGGUAGUUUUUCUAUGAUUGAGAUUGAACUGCUAGGGAAGAGAAGACAACCCUUCUACUAGUCAGACACAGCCACAAACAUGACUCUAGUUACGCUACCACGGUAACCUCCCGCCCUCAAAGGGGGGUGAAUUUGUUUGUCUCAUCUGUGAUAUUUUGGUUAAAAGACUCGGGUCACAUAAAAUGAAAUUAAACAAUAACCACAUUAGUUCUUACUAGGAAUACAUUUGUUUUAGAAACAUUACAAACCAUCUGUUUUUUUGUGUUUUGUUGGUGUAAUUUUAGCGGGGAAAACACUAUUUUGGCUGGUAAAAAAUCUGAGUGGCUGGUAGAUUUCUUUAUCUACCUGCCACAGUGGCUGGUGGACCAAAAAGUAGAUUUUAUGCCCUGCACUCUUCCAUAAGAAUUUCACUUACACGCUCUUCUGUUUCCCCCUAGCUGUUGAUAGAGGAGAACGAGUGUUUGAAAAUGGAGCUGUCCAAAGCCAAGAUGGCUCUAGCUGAGGCCCAAAUGGAGAAGGACUCCCUGUUGCACCGCAUAAAGAGUCUCAAAGUGAACAGCAGCUAGGGUAGGCCAACAGAGGCCCAGUGAUCACCAGCCUGCAGUGCUGCAUAUCACCACAGGGGGGAAGCAGAGAGGAGAGAGGGGGUGCUGGAUACUGGGGCUACUUGAUAUAGCAUCAUACAAGUAUUAUUCAAGCGUCAGCAGGGUCAUUCAAGCCUGUUCUGAUGAAGGGCUGGUCGCCUAAGAACUAGACCUCACACACACACACAACACACACACACACACACAGUCCCUGAAAACCCGAGAGGGGGGCUACUUUUUCACUUCAGCCCGCCUACCACCCCCAUCCUACCGCCAGUAGAGGAACUGGAAAGUGGACCCCCUCUUCGAUACAGUGCUGCCGUGUCAUCCCUGGGCUGGGACUAAGACUGCAGUACACAUGCUUGUUUUACAUGAUUGUCGUGCUUGUUUUUAGUUUGUCUCUCUUUAUGCAGUAAGUUAAAGUGUUCAGUCUCUCUCCAGUAAUCCGACUCUGCAAGCCAGAGCUGCCUCCUAAAUAUUGGAGCGUAUGGAGGGAGGGGGAGAGGGAGGGGCCAAAUCUAAAUGAAACAGCCCUCAAGUGGAAUGGAGAGCCUAGGGAGAUGGGUGGGAGUCCUGAAUGUUAGGCUUGGGGGAAAAGUUGCCCUCCCCGAAUCAUUACCUUAAAUAGGAUAAACAAUGCAAAAAGGGGGAACUUUAUCAUGCAUCAAAUUUUGGAGGAGCGUAUUCUACAUGUAUUAUGACCUUAUUGAAUCUUUAUGGGAGGGGCUUGCCUGGUUGGGUGGGGUGAGACUGAAUGUCAUAUCUUUGGAGGAAUGUCUUAAAAAUAGACUUAUUUUGCACUGCGCUGAAACAUAGAACAUGUAAUUUGGUGCUUAUGAAAAUUUUUUUUAUCUAGCACUUAACCAGUUGUACUUGGAGUGUGUGUGUAUGGUAAUGUACUUAUGAUGGGCAAAGCGUACACACAAAUGUUUUCUACAGAAUUCUGAAUGGUUGCGCAAUGUGUGUGUGUGUGUGUUCAACAUGUAUUUGUCAUGUUACUAAAACAAGCAUUUCAUUGAAUUGAAAAUGAAAAUAUACAAUUUAAAUAUUUUCACAUUUACUUUUCUUACUUUCCAUUCCAUCUAGUUGACGUCUUCAAUGCCCAUAAUGUCCCAUUGCACUGGCCUUUUUCCCCUAUUUUUCUACAUGUAAAUAGCUAGUUGCGUGUCCAGCACUUUUGAAAUAUAUUCACUGUAAAUAUGACCCCUGUACGAAAGCAUCCUCCAAUCCGGUUGAGAACACUAUUAUGUCUUUUCUCGAUCAUCCAAUGAGUGGAAAGAACACUAAUAUGGACAGCAAGUUACCGUCUCUAUAAAGCCUGGGGUGUAUUCAUUAUUUGGAUUCCGUUACAAAAUGUUUUGCAACUAAAAACGUUUACUCCAAACCGAAAAACCCAAAAAGUUUAUAUUGGACAAAUUCAGGUAGGUCCCUCCCUACAGGUAGGUCCCUCCCCAUUGGUUCCGUUUGGUUCAGUUUGGUUCAGUUUGCGCUGUUUGGUUCCUAGAAUAAACGGUUUCCGUAUUUUUUUUGCAAUAGUCUGCAACUAAUGAAUACAGCUCUGCGCUCUCACCUCUGCCGAGUCCCCAACAAUCGGAUGAUCCGGUUUUCAGGGGAAAUGGAAAGAGAGCCUGUGACGCGACUUCCGCUUUUGGAUGUUAACAAGGUGACGCUCCAUCUUAACUCCUCCUCCACAUGUACUGGAUUGGUUGAACAGUGCAGAAGAGAACCUCCAGACAGGUUUUUUUUUUUUUUUUUUGUCAAGAUUUGUAUGUAGAGGAUCUAGUUUCAGGCGUUUAUUUUACGCCUGCUAUGUUAGCUUACUCUCUCCUCCAAAUGCAGGAGGGAAAACACUGGCUCAUGUGCUUUUCUGUGCGUUCAUUCUAUAUUUGCAUAAUCCUAUAUGUGUACUUCACCAACGUGAAGUCGUGCCCAUAUCUGCUGCAGCUUCGUGCCUGUCUGCUGGGGAACCCUUGGGGGAGUGUUAGAGUAGAAUAGAAUAGAAUAGAGUAGAAUAGAAAUGAGCUAUAUUUCCCCUUUGGAACAUGCUUUUGGCUCAACACACAGAAUACAGUCAGCGGGCAGUACUGUCUGUAGCAUCACGUCUUACACAGGGACGUUUCCAGUGUUAUCAUGAGAUUUGCUGACAUUACAAUGGCUUGCCUCACCCUUUAAAGGUGCAGUCUGCAGGUUCUCUGUCCCGUAUGGCAAGGAGAUCAAGUAAAAACACAAUUGCCCUGAAACAAAACUGAAAAGGGACAAAAAAGUAGUUAUAUUCACACCAAUGAUGGCAACUGUUUUUCUUUCUUUGGUUUUCACUGGCAGGCUCACUCGAAAUGACCCCAACCUAGUCCUUCAAAAAGGGCACAGUUCGGGAAUACAUUAUUUUUCUACUUUAACUAUCCAAAUUGUAGACCUAGCCCAGCCUAGGCCUAGUUCAGUCCAGUCCAGCUGAAUGUCUUUCCAAGCUGCGCUGUCCCCUCUCCCCAGAUCUCUCUACCUUGAUACGAUGCAGGUUCACUUACCUGCUCAACACUGACAACAAGACUUGAAAUGGCAGUUAGGAUUUGAACACUUGAUUGUAAUUUAAAGGCUACACCCCCCUCUCAGUUUCUCAUCCACUUCCUGGUCCGAACAGACCCGCCCCCUCUUUACAAUAGCUCCUCCCUUGACCUGCUCGGCCGCUCUCCUCUCCUGGGAGCUCUGCCUCCUGAGAACAAAAAGAAAAGGACU